GGGGAGGUGAAAAAUAAAGCAGAUGAAGCAUUUGAAGCUGACACUGACAUGCUGCUCUGCAGGCUCCUGCAAGCACAGCCAUGGAUGGUGUGUUGGACGGAGCUCUGCUGUUGUGCGCCUGUAAACUGUCCUGCAGCCUUCUCUUCCUGCCCUCCCUGUCUGCGUCCUACAGUCCUGUCAGCUUCUGCUGUUGCUGCCUGUUGAUCUUCACAGACUUCCUGGUCACAGUUUUUCUGACUUCCCUUUGCAUCCUGGAGACGUGGCCAUCCGACCUGAACCCCCCGGGUGAUGUCAUCGCCCUCCGCUCCCUGCUCUUUCUCAGCCACACAUAUGGCGCCGUGCUGCUUUUCAUCACAUUUCUGAUUGCGGUCGAGACUCUGAUCAGGCUUCAGAGGCCUCACGCCGUCGUCCUCGCUGGCACAGAGACUCAAACCGUCAGCUGGGAUGAACGGCACUGCUAUCUCCGGUUGGUAAGGGGUCACCCCGAGAAGGAGAGCCGCAUCCUCGCUGAAGACAGCAGCUACUCCCACGUCGCGGGUUUCCUCUGCUGCCUGUCGGUGUGGGUCGUCGUGGCCCUCACCGUCAGGCGGGAGUGGGAGUUGGAGGAAGUGUGGACCACCGCCUGUCUCUACUCGACGGACUCGCUCGUGAGUUGUCUGCCCAGCCUCUUCAGUCACAUGCCCAGCGCCAUGAACCCCUGCUGGAGCACGGCCUUCCUCUGCCUCCUGCUGCUGCUGCUGGCCUUCAGCUCCACCCUGCAGACUCCUCCACCGCUGGGAAACUGUGACUGCUACUGGCAGGACGGCGUUACGGCGAUGUCAGCACCCAUCACGUUUACUCAUCCCGGGAUGUCGCCGCGUGUUGACCCAGAAAAAACAAAGAGCAGCUGCUCGUUCAGCACAGCUCUCUGGUGGAACAGCAUGCAGAUGUUGGAGUGUCACCAAGGAAACUUCGUCUUUGCCUCCCCCGAUUGUUCGCCUGAAAAGAGGGGAGGACAGAAGCGCCAAACAAAGAGCGCUUUGACAUUUAUCACACAGGAACAGGUGGGCUCACAAAACAGCAGUCAGGGUGGGUGGCGGCGCUGGGGCUUUCCAGGCCUGGAGGUGAGUGUGAUGAUGCUGGCCGCGCUCUCCUUCCUCACGCUGCCCUUCAACCUCAGCGUGAACAUCCUCCUGAUCCGGACUAUCGACGCCACGCUGGAGUGGUCCUUCAAAGCUUUGCUUUCACAAACUGCAAACGGCAAAGACGCGUCGCCGCCUCACAGCGUCACACAAGUUUGACCACCUUCCGAGACUGCCAGCAGCGUUAGCUUCUUCACCAGAGCAGCAUUUUGUCUUAGUGUUGACAGUAAACAGGUAUUCACACGUCGGAAAUAAAGUUUGGAAACUGUUGAUGAUUCACAGGUUGAGGCGUGCUUCGUACAGAGACUUCUGUAUAAAGAGAAUUUAGUUUUUAACAUGGA